AUGAUACCAUUCCCAAGCGGACAGGGCGGCCGGGAGAUCUGCUCCGCGGCCCCGGAAAUCAAUGUCGCCGGCGAUGGUAUUCGCGCUGCGCUGCACAGAAGCAACCGUGUAGCUACCCGUCCGCCUCCAAUCGUGGGCGUAAGCCAGGAAGCACCAAGUCCGCCCACCCAGCCCGGUGCUCUGAACGAUUUGAUAUCGCGCGUCUCCGAAUCUGCUACGGCAGAGAACGUUUCUUUGCCCGACGGCCCUUGUUCUCCACGCUGCAGCCAUGCUUCCGAGCCCAAAGCCCAACCGUCCACUGUGUCUCCUCUUGACAUCCUCGCAUCUGCCGUCGCAGCUGUCAGUGGAGUCAGCGAUAUUGAUUCAGCUCCGCAAAUCCUCGCAUCACCGUCGCAAUCUGCUCUAUAUUCUUGUGGUGACCUUGUCGGAUCUUCGGUUAGCCCAGCUUCCGCCGACUGUCCAUUUGCUGGAUACUUUGGACCCCAAAGUCCCAAGUUGCAGAAGGACUGGCAGGUUUUAUCCCUUCAGUCCGUCGAGAGCAUAUUCAAGCUGGAAUCGAGCGCUUGCGAUCCCGUGUCUGCUCGCCUGAUUGACGAGGCUGACGUCAACUAUCUAUUUAAUCUCUUCUUUACAGUUCGUAACCCCCUCUUGGGGUUGCUAGAUCCAGAACUUCACACCCCCGAAUACGUUUAUGCUUCUUCCUUUACGCUUUUCUCCGCCAUAUGCUGCUUGGGCUGCGCCGUUUCGUCGCGGCCUCGAGAUCGAGUCAUACAUGCAGCGUUGUUGUCGUUGGCCGACGCGAACAUGAAAUGGUCCAUUGCCGUUUCGGUAAGAGGCGUGGAGAUCAUUCAAGCUAUCGUCCUAAUGCAAUACUGGGCACCCAUGCGCACGAGACAUUCCAGCGACCCUUCCUCACUGCAUCUCAGCCAUGCUGCCCAGCUAGCAAGAGAGUUAGCUAUCUACGACCCUGACCGUGUCGACGAUUACCUCGCCGCGUCCAUUCCCACGGCGGCUGAUGACCUAAAGGAACGCCUCCGCCGCAACUUCGAGCGGACCUGGCUCUGCAUCUUCAUCGCCGAUCAGAGCUUUGGGGUUGUCAACGGACGCCGGCUGGGCGUCUCUUGGAACGAAAUACCGCCUGGCGCGUUCCACUGGUGGCAGAAACCCAUGACGAACCCCCUUACCGUCGCAUGCUGGCCUCCAUGA